AUUCAGUUCCUGAAAAAAAUAUAUAAUGUUCAUGAUAUUUUUGUAUUUCUAUAUUUUCAGUUACAAAUAACGAGGUCUCAUUUCCCAGAUCACAUUGAUUUUCAAAAAUUAGGUCAAUUAAAAUAUAAUAAUGAAAUAUAUAAUGUGUUAAAACCUUCGAUGCAUGUAGUUAAGGCCCCCGGAGACGAGAUACUUAGAAGAGGGAACAAUUCACCAAAAGAAUUAGUUGUAGAUACAGAUGGACUUACACAUUACUGGUUGAAUUUAAAACCUAAUUAUAGGAAAUCUGAAGAUGUAAUUGAAAACAGAGACAAAUUAAACCAUGAAAGAAAAUAUCCAAUUAAUUUAGCUAAUGUAAAUGGAAAAGAUGGAGCUACAAAUGAAUUAUUACAGGAAACAAUGAUAAAAGAAACACAAAUUGAUAUCAAAUCAAAUGAAAAUCAAGUGAUUGGAAAUAAAGCUGAAGUAAAUGGAGACACAAAAUAUCUAAUUGAUUUUGCUGUUGAAAACGAAAUUAAUGAAGCUACAAAUCUAUUAGAAGAAGAAGGAACGAUAAAAGAAACAGAAAUAGAUGCCAAUUCAAAUCGAGAACAAAGCUUCAAAGAUGACAUGAACACGACAGAAUCUCCUGUCAUCGCUGCUAUAGCCGUGACCAGAUCUAGAAGGCCUAAAAGAAAAAGACAUAAAGUUCAAGAACAUGUAAAAGACACAGUUUAUAUUCCACGAUAUUUACGCAAUGGGACAGGACGAACUGUAGUACGGACAACUUUUUUUUGUCCAUUCCUUGGAAUUUUUACUAUGAAAUCUUUGAUUGACUAAAUACAUCCUCAAAUACGUAUUUUAAAUUAAUGCUUUUAAAUGUGUAGAUUUUAUUGGAAAUCCGCAUUUUAGUAAUGUUAGGCAAUACUAAAUAUUCUCUGAUAUUAUUAUAAUUAUGAUUGAAGAUAAUUUCAUUUCUGGUUGAAGUAAAAGAAAAACUAAUUUAAAUGGCAUAUUGAUAAUAUAUGAUUUAUCAGUAAAACAUACAUUUUAAUUAAUAUUUAUCGUAACAAUAUCUUAUAAUAUAAGUCUCUUUUGCUUGUUAUCAUCAUUCAUAAAUCUUCUGUAAAACUGUCUAGUCAUAUACGGAUCUUCGUCUUUAUCAACUUUGUACUGAUCGAAAGUAUCCAAGAAGCUGUUAACAGCAGUUUUUAUAGCUCGUCUAUAGCUGGUCACGGGCAUUCGUUCUUUCAAUAAUACCACUGGUUCAAAUGGUAUUAUCAUCCCCGCCGCAGACGCAAUUAGUGGCAUUAAAGGUGUAGGAAAAAAAUGGGAGAUAAUUUCCAUUGCUCCAUUAACAACGCACGUUCCUAUAUUCCUCAAUACUGUAUUUACUUUUGGUGUGUUUAUGAAUCUCUUUAUAGGAACUAUCACUAUGCUGUAAAAUUUCGUUGUAAUAGGCGGUUCUUCGUUUCUGAUGAUAAAAUUCGCAACUGUUUUUGGUGUAGGUGUUACGUCGUGGAUUUCUUCGAGUGCCGUCGCCGUUGUUUCUGGUGAGACGUCUGGGUUUACCGUUGUAUGGUCUCGCGCUGAUUGUGUUGUUGUUGGUGAUGUGGUUACCGCCUCUGGUUGCUUUUCGAAUUGGUCCGGGAUUUCGGCGUGGUUACCUGGGUUCGUUUCUGGAUGUUGAGGCUACAAAAUUACUUAUAAAUUAGUCCUAAAUGUGAAUAAAAAAUUAGUUUCAAGUUGAUAAUAUUGUAUUUUCAAUUCAUCAAAUUUCCAAUAGCGCUGCCUUUGCUUACUUAUAUUGCAGGUUUAUUUUUAUCAAUCACAAUGUUAAUUAGUAAACCAGUGAUCUCGAAAAAAUACAAAAUGCAUUGGGUACCUAAGCAUUUUUGUCAUUAAUCAUAUCUAAACAAAACCUGGAUCGUGUUUCAGCCCGAAAAAAAUUACAAGUACUUAGAUACUUACAGCGGCAAAGAUAUUUGAGAAAAUGGAAACGAAAAUAAUUUGCAAAAUGUUCAUUUUGAAACAUGUUAUAAAUUUUACGUGCAAUAUUUUGGUGUUUGUGUACAUCUUGUAUAUUGUUAGCAAAUCUAUAAAAAUAUCAAUAAAACGAUAAAAAUAAAACGCUGCAUGUAACAGAGUUUUAUUUACAUAUUUUUUUCUGGAACUACAUGCAGCGCCUACUGACUUUACCUUUUUUAAUUAGGUACAUUAGUUUCGCAUACCCAAGAAAUGGUGUCUUCAAAUCAUCAAGGAUGAUUGGAGUGGCAAUGGACUAAGGACGCCGAAAACUGUGCGAAGUGGAGACAUUCAGUUCUGCAAAGUGCCUACAUCUCUCUUCUAUUUCAGCGUUCUUCUGGAGUCUUUCUUAUUAUAUAUUCCUUAGUAAUAGAAUGUCGGAAGCCAGAGUCCUUCGCCUUCAUAUUUAUCUGUAAUCUGAAAAUAUCUGUAGUCUCAAAAGUAAUUAUAAAACAAAGUUAUAAAACAAAGUCCUCUGUCUGUUCGCGGUAAACUCAAAAACUACUGCAUUGAUUUUCAUGCGGAUUCAUCAAUAGAUAGACUGAUUCCUGAGGAAGGUUUAGGGGUAUAAUUUACUAUGUUUUUACCCGAGCGAAGCCGUGACGGGCCGCUAGUAAAUACAUAAGUAAAAUGUCAUUUUUUAUAAUAACAUUUUUGAUUAACAAAAAUACUAUACCUACGGUCGAUAUAGGCAUAUAACAGCUUUGAAAAUUUGUCACCCGGAUAACAACUGGGAAGAAUAUUCACAGUUGUCACCCCGGGAGACGGUGCUAAAGGGGACUACUGGGAAUAAUCGAUAUAUGAGGUAAACUAGAAUAUUUUAGAAAAACAAUGUGUUUUUAACAUAUUUACUUCAUUAUUAGAUGUUACGUUUAACAUAAACAGAAACGUAAUUUAUUACUCCUAUACAAUAUCGAUGGAAAUAAAAUUGCAUUUUUCUCGUUACAUAUCGAAAUAUCUGCUCAUUUCACGCGGACAAUCUGUGUAAUAAAUAUCCUUAACCGUUUCCAAUUCAUGUAACGGACAGACAUACUUUCAAGCUUCAUCAUGAAACUACUGCUGGUUAUCACGUUUAUCACUUUCGCAAUUAUAUCCGCAUUAGCACAGGUCCCGUAUGACUACAUACCAUUAGGACAGUCUCGUCGCAACCCCCCCCUCCACCCCUCGGACAUCAGUCACAUCUACGAGAGUCUCUACCCCUCCCGCAGGCGAUACAGAGACUAAAUAAUAAUAAGCACAGUCGGCAAAACAGUUAUCUUUGAUCGAAAUUUAUGUUUAGAAUGUUUUUUCCGUGAUGAUGAUGCAAAAUUAUACAUUUAAGAAAAUAUAUAGGUACACACGAUAUGUAAAGUAAAAGUUGAUUUUAAAACAGACCAUUCAAUUGCACAGUGAUCUCUAACUUUAAAUAUACGAGCUUUAAGUAGGACAAUUGCUUACAACUUAUGCACAUCAAUGUAUAAUAAAAUGAGCAUAAAAUUGUUACGUCUUAAGCGACUUCCCUCCAUAAGGAACCUUUUCUCGUGGAACGUCACAUUUUUACUUGGCUACGUAAUUGUUUUGUUGACUGUACUGAAUGAAAUAGUCAAAUUAUAUGUUAUGUCAGAUAUUUGAUUUUUAAUAAUGUGUUGCUUCAAUCAUUUUUGAUGUCAACUUUAACUUACACGCCGCCGAUGUUAACAUAGACUGGUGCACUUUGCGUUAUUCCGCACGGGUUAAAGUUAACGUCAGAGUUGACUGGUGCAAGUCACUCUAACAGAAAACAGUUACUUACCCUUUUCUAGGGCACUUAACUUGUAUAGCGUGAAUGACAUUAAAAUAUUUGAUAAUU